GGCGAAGAGAGAGAGAGACAGAGAGAGAAACAAAAGCCCCAAAUCCAGAAGCUAAACCCUAAACGCGGCGUUUAGCUUCCAUUCUCUUUUCGUUUCUCUCUUUCCUGCCACCGCAAUUUCAAACGACCACCGUCGAUUUCUUCUCGCUUUCUCGAUCGAUCGAAUCAGUUCGCCCCAGGAGUUUCUCCAAACACUUCAUCUCGGCUUUUUUUCUCGGGAAAAUUUCUUCAAUCUUCGUUUCGUCAAACGCAGCCAUGGUAUUCUGGAUCUUUGGAUAUGGUUCACUUGUGUGGAACCCCGGAUUCGAGUACGACGAGAAGGUGAUAGGUUACAUCAAGGACUACCGGCGUGUAUUUGAUCUUGCCUGCAUAGAUCACAGAGGUACCCCUGAGCACCCUGCUCGGACUUGCACUUUGGAGUACCAAGAAGGAGCUAUUUGCUGGGGUGCUGUGUAUUCUGUACGCGGAGGGCCGGAAAGGGAGAAACUGGCAAUGGAGUACUUGGAAAGGAGAGAAUGCGAGUAUGAUUCAAAGGCUCUCGUCGACUUUUAUAAGGAAGGGGAGUUCUCUCAGUCGGAGCCAUUUUUGACAGGAGUUAUUGUUUUCACGUCGACUCCAGACAAAGAAUCGAACAAGUAUUAUCUGGGUCCUGCUCCACUGGAGAACAUGGCAAGGCAAAUUGCAACUGCUUUUGGGCCCUGCGGAAACAAUAGAGACUAUCUCUUUCUGUUGGAGAAGGCUUUGUUCGAUAUAGGCCAUGAAGAGGACUAUGUGAUAGAGCUAGCAAAUGAGGUGAGGAAGGUUCUUGGAAUAGCCGGUAAAGGAUUUCCGAUGGAGAAGAUUGCCGGGCCAACCAACCUUCCGCUCAAGUCCAACAUCCCGGCCCUCCAACUGCAUCCUCUCCCGGAAGCCAUCGCCAUGGACUCGUAACCUCUGAACACAGAUGGAAGCUACAGAGUGCUAACCCCGUUAUAUCGAUCUCCCUAGUUUAAGUUUAAGAUUCUUUUGGCUUAUUAUUCCGGACUUUUUUUUUUUCUUAGUUUCUUAUUUUGGUUAAGCAUAUUUUUCAGAGGCCUUAGAAAAGUUUAGGUUUGAGUGCGGCAAAAUUCAUGGUUCGGAAUAUGUUCCAGGAUUAUUACGAGGAUAAACUAACCGCUGUUCUUUUCCCUAUUUUUUACUCCUUACCCUUUCAAACUAUGUGGGAUGUAACAGUUACUUAAUGAAAGGAAUGAUACAAUGAUGGUGGUGCUUUAUUUCCAA